AUGAUUAAUGAAUUAAUCGAUAAUUUGCAUCCCUACCUGGAGGUGAUCUCCGAGGAGCUCCAGAGGAUCAACGAGGAGAUCAAACGGAGCAGCCUGGACGCGACCUACUUCUCGGUGGAGGAAAACAUCACGAACCAAUUCCGCAAGUACAUGGACAUCCUCAACGCCAAGCCCAAGUUCAGGGAGGUGAAGAAGAAGCUUUUCCUGGAGCACUUCGAGGUAACCGGCGGGGACAAGAACCUGCACUCCCUUUUCGGCGCGGUGACGGGCGACACGUUUUCGGGGGAGUCGCUCCUGGACGUGAUCGUUAACUACGAGGAAAAGGGCCGGCGCCCGGUGGAGGACUUCUGCGCCCGGUUGAAGAACCUGCUCUGCGUGGGGCUCAUCGCCCUGCUGGGUCACGCCGCCCUGAAGGGAUACGGGGAGGAGGACGCCCUGCUGAAGACCUGGGCAAACAAGAUGGACGCCGUCCAGGCCAAGAUCGACGCCGCCGUGCGGGAGUGCAUCGUCGGAUUCCCGAAACAGGCCGAGCAGGACUGCCGGCGGCUGGUGAGGGACCGGGCGCCCGGCCUCAGCAACCAGCAGCUAGCUGACCUGGUGGUGGAGCGGCUACGGGCCAAAUACGACUGGGUGGGCUGGUCCGUGCGGGUGUUCAGGUCGCCCUCCGGCCUGUUUGCCAACAAGAAGGACUUCCACUGCGCCACCGGGAAGAGCCGCUUCCAGACCCAGCCGGAGGCAGACUGCGGGUCUGUUGCGCAGAUCAACGGCAACAGAACCCGGAACCACCGGCCUCUUCCCAGAAGAACCUCCUCCCUCCGCCCGGAGGGGAAUAGACGUAACACUCCGCACGCUAAAGCUCCAAACCGGGACUUACGCGCUGCGUACGCUGCGUAA